AUGAUACAUGUAGUAUUGGUUAUUAAUAGAAUUAAAGAUAUUCAAACAAAUAUUCAAACAACAUGCGAUUCUUUGAAAUUAAAAGUUGUGGAAUAUAAACAAUUACAACAAACAGAACAAGAGAUCGAAAGUAAAUUCAAAGAGUUACAUGAAUUCCUUGUUGUUGAAGAACAUAGAUUAAAGAUUCCAAUCAUCGAUAGUAAACAACAAUUAGAACAACAAAUCGAUAAACAAGUCAUGACUUAUACAACAGAUAACUACCAAAUAACAACAAUAAUUCGAUCGAUUUCACAAUGUUCGGAUCACAAUGAAUUCAUUUCAUCAAACAAUAAUAUAUUGUUCUAUUUCGAUGAUCUAAACAACAAUGAUGAUCAUUCACUUUUAGAUAAAAUACUUGAACACAACAAAACUAUUAAAUUAUAUAAUUUUGAUGAUCAACAAUCAACAUCACAACAAUAUCAUUUAACUUUCAAAAACGAAACAAAUCAAUCAAAUCAAGAAUCAAAUUCAAUCAUCAUUUGUCCAAUCACGAAAACAUUUGUAAUCAAUGAAAUGAUUGGUGUUGAUGAAUAUUCUUUCAUGUCAGCUUGUUAUGAUAGUCAAGAUCAUAUCUAUUUAUUUGAUGGGCAUGGAAAAAAUAGAGUUUAUAUCUACCGAUACAAUAUCAACAAUUCCACAUUCGAAAGAUACACAACAAUAGAUAUCACCACUUAUUCCCACCAUAUUACAUUCCUCCUCAAAGGUUAUUUCUAUAGUUUCACACCAGAAACAAAAAAGAUUGUAAAGUUUGAUAUAAACAGCAAGACAACAGCUGACUAUUAA